CAACAGCCAGGGGAUGCGUCAGAUCUGUCCGGCUUUGAUAAUAUCAAUUUGACUGUAAUCAAUCAAGUUGCAGUUAUAAUGCCAAUGGGCACUUCUGAAGCAGUACUGCAUAUUCUGCCAAGGACAGUACCUAACCUUGUAUUUUCUGAUCCAUUUCUUGGCAAAACAAACUCCACACUUUCUCUUAAAUCACAUGUACAAUGUACAAUGAAAAGGGCCUGUUCAGGGUAUGUGGAAUCAGUACAUUGUUCAAGAGUGAUACGAGGUUGCUUGAAGGUCCGUUGUAUUCAGGGUAUAGGCGAUGCUUGUCAUGGAAAUAUGAUGUUCGGUCGAUCGCGGUUGCUGCGUUGCCAAUGUCAACGGACUGAAAGUAUUAGUGGGAUAACUGCAGAGGAUGGGAAUGGGGCCUUGUUCGUGGAUACUGCACAGAAAUCUAAUCCCAUUAAUGGUGUGGUGAAUGGGCCAAAAUCUCUAGAGCUUGGGGAACUUCAACAAUCAAAAUAUGAGAAGGAUACUUUGACACCUAAUGGUGGGUUACCUGAAGCUGGAACAAUCAAGCAUACUUCACGUAAAGUUCAUGUCAACUCCAUUGAGGAUGAGGCAUGGAAUCUUCUACGGGAAUCCGUUGUUUAUUAUUGUAACAGUCCUAUUGGAACAAUUGCUGCACAGGACCCAAGCAAUUCCAAUGUUCUGAAUUAUGAUCAAGUCUUCAUCCGUGAUUUCAUACCUUCUGGAAUAGCAUUUCUUUUAAAGGGUGAAUAUGAGAUCGUUCGGAAUUUCAUCCUUCACACGCUUCAGUUGCAGAGCUGGGAAAAAACAAUGGACUGUCAUAGUCCUGGUCAAGGGUUGAUGCCGGCUAGUUUCAAGGUACGAACUGUCCCUCUUGAGGGUGAUGACUCUGCAACGGAAGAUAUCUUGGAUCCUGAUUUUGGAGAGGCAGCUAUUGGCCGUGUGGCACCAGUUGAUUCUGGACUAUGGUGGAUUAUACUUUUACGAGCAUAUGGAAAAUGCUCUGGAGAUCUUUCAGUACAAGAGAGAGUUGACGUGCAAACUGGAAUUAAGAUGAUUUUGAGGCUUUGUCUUGCGGAUGGUUUUGAUAUGUUUCCAACAUUGCUAGUGACAGAUGGUUCUUGCAUGAUAGACCGCCGCAUGGGAAUUCAUGGCCACCCUCUGGAAAUUCAGUCACUAUUUUAUUCAGCACUACUUUGUGCACGUGAGAUGCUUGCUCCAGAGGAUGGGUCAGCUGACCUUGUACGAGCGAUGAAUAAUCGUCUGGUGGCAUUAUCGUUCCAUAUAAGGGAGUAUUAUUGGGUUGACAUGAGGAAACUCAAUGAAAUCUAUCGCUACAAAACAGAAGAGUACUCAUAUGAUGCCAUCAACAAGUUCAACAUCUACCCUGAUCAGAUUCCUCCGUGGCUAGUAGAAUGGAUGCCCAAGAAAGGAGGCUAUUUAAUUGGAAAUCUGCAGCCCGCUCACAUGGAUUUCCGUUUUUUCUCUCUUGGAAAUUUGUGGUCUAUUGUUAGCAGUCUUACAACAGUGGAUCAAUCACAUGCCAUAUUAGAUCUGAUUGAAGCCAAAUGGGCAGAUUUGGUGGCAGAUAUGCCAUUUAAGAUAUGUUAUCCAGCUCUUGAAGGUCAGGAAUGGCGGAUUAUCACAGGCAGUGACCCCAAAAACACGCCUUGGUCCUACCACAAUGCAGGUUCAUGGCCAACUUUGCUAUGGCAGCUCACAGUGGCGUGUAUAAAGAUGAAUAGAUCAGAGAUAGCUGCAAAAGCUGUUGAGACUGCAGAGAGGCGGAUAUCAAGGGACAAGUGGCCUGAAUAUUAUGACACGAAAGGCGCAAGAUUCAUUGGGAAACAGGCACACCUUUUGCAGACAUGGUCAAUUGCAGGAUAUCUUGUGGCAAAGCUCCUCCUUGCUGACCCGUAUGCAGCAAAUAUUCUAAUAAAUAUAGAGGAUGAACAACUUGUCAAUGCCUUCUCCUGCAUGAUUGGUGCAAAUCCAAGAAGAAAUCGUGGUCGGAAAGGAGUGGAAAAGAGCUAUCUUGUAUGAGUUUUUGUCACCGAGUAAAGAACUGUGCGAGAAGAGAUUGUUGUUGACAGGAAACAGCUGACCAGGACUGCAAAGCACAUGGAAUGCAUCAUCUGUGCUUGACCCAUAGGUUGGCUGUUCAUUGGUUUUUCAUACUUAUUUGAGCUACAUUAUACAUUUCGCUUCUCU